UGACAUACAAAACACUUAAAAGGGCUUUGCAAGUUCAGAAGAGCCUGUGAGCUUUAAUCCUUAAAUAGGCUACUUUGAGACGUGAACAGUGAGUGGCUUGUGACAGAAGGAAGAGAGGAAACGACAAAACCACUGUGUGUCUGACAUUUUCAUGUGCCUUCCUGGUUGGUUUUACUAAACUGGAAGAUUCUUUUAUUGAUAGCUCCAAGUGCCACUUUUAUUACAGGCUUGGGUCUUUUCAAUAUUAUACCAUACCGUUAAGACAUUGGAAUGCAUGGAGUAAGGGGCAGGCUCCCAAAGUGAUUUUCCAAUCUGUGUUUGCAGUUCCAGCCAAGUUCCCUUUUAAUGUAUGGAGCAGGCUAAGUUGAACAGACUCUCAGAAUAACACAGAAGUAAAACGCAGCUGCUGCUUUAAGUGGCACUGUGUGAUAAUAGGACUCUGCUGUUUACUGGGACUCAAGUGCCUGGGCUGGUGCGCACACAAGCAUUAUAUGAAAUCUGAAAGCAUGAGGAUAAAGGAGAUUUCUUUACGGCAAGACCCUGAUCUACGAAAGGAAUUGGCAUUGCUAGCUCGGGGAUGUGAUUUUGUUCUGCCUUCCAGAUUCAAGAAGAGACUCAAAGCUUUCCAGCAAGUCCAGGUUCAGUCAAAGAAGGAAGAACCUUUGACACCAUCUCUGAGCCAAAACAUUCCAACGUUUUAUUUUCCUCAUGGAUGUCCAAAAGAAAAAGUUAAUAUAGAUGUGGUCAUUGCUAAGAUAGAGAAAACUUUCUCCCAGUUUCCAAAUGAGCGAGCAACAUUAGAAGAUAUGGGUAAAGUUGCAAAGGCCUGUGAAUGUCCUCUUUACUGGAAAGGUCCCCUAUUUUAUAGUGCAGGAGGAGAGCGAACAGGAUUUAUAUCGGUUCAUAAAUUUGUUGCAAUGUGGCGGAAGAUACUACAGACGUGUCAUGAUGCCGCUGCCAAGUUUGUUCAUCUUCUAAAGAGCCCUGGAUGUAACUAUUUGGUACAAGAAGACUUCAUUCCAUUUUUACAAGAUGUGGUCAAUAGUCAUCCUAGUCUAGUCUUCUUAAAGGAAGCAUCAGAAUUUCAUUCUCGAUACAUUACAACAGUAAUACAAAGGAUAUUUUAUACAGUAAACAGGUCCUGGUCAGGAAGAAUCACUUGUAAUGAACUUAGGAAAAGCAGCUUUUUACAGAAUGUGGCAUUAUUGGAAGAGGAAGUAGAUAUUAACCAGCUGACAGAAUACUUCUCUUAUGAGCACUUCUAUGUAAUUUACUGCAAAUUUUGGGAGCUGGAUACAGACCAUGACCUUUAUAUUGAUCCAAAGGAUUUAGCUCGGCAUAAUGAUCAUGCUAUAUCUAAUAGGAUGAUAGAGAGGAUUUUCUCAGGAGCUGUAACAAGGGGGAGGAAAGUUCAGAAGGAAGGAAAAAUCAGCUACGCAGACUUUGUAUGGUUCUUGAUAUCAGAAGAAGACAAAAAGACCACAACCAGCAUUGAGUACUGGUUCCGCUGCAUGGACCUUGAUGGGGAUGGUGUAUUAUCGAUGUAUGAACUGCAAUACUUUUAUGAAGAACAGUGUCAAAAACUGGACAACAUGGCCAUUGAACCUCUGCCAUUUGAAGAUUGCCUUUGUCAGAUGCUUGAUCUUGUGAAGCCAGAAUGUGAAGGGAAAAUAACUCUUCAUGACUUAAAGAAAUGUAAGAUGGCAAAUGUGUUCUUUGAUACCUUUUUCAACAUUGAGAAAUAUUUAGACCAUGAGCAGAAGGAUCAGUUUUCUAUGUUGAGGGGCACUGAAAAUGAAAACCAAGAGAUGACAGAUUGGGAAAAAUACGCUGCUGAAGAGUAUGAUGUUCUAGUAGCUGAGGAAGCAGCUAGUGACCAAUGGAAUGACUGUUAUGAAGCUGAACUGAAUCCUGGAGAUCAUCAAAAGACCAACAUACUAAAAUAUCAGAUGGAGAAAAGGCCUUUCUUCGACAUGCCUUCCCAUUUGGCAGAUGUUGAUUUGGAUGAGUUUGAUUAUGAAGAAGACUUUGAAUAAAUUGUGGUGUUUGUACAAGAAUAAGGACUGCCUGCAGCAGGUCUGCUAAAUCUAUAUAGGGCUUUGUUUCCAGAAAAAGUAAACAGAGUUCUUUGUGCUGCAAUGAUUUAAUAUUUUAAUCAUUUAGAUAUUUGGGGGAAACAGUGCAUUUGUAUGGAAUGACAACUUUUUUGUAUUUAUUCAGUAGAUUGUUGCCUGUAAAAUAGAUUUAAAUUAUUUAUAGAUUAUUCUUCCUUUAAGGAAUUACAAUGUAUCUUGUUUAAAGUAAAUUUGCUAGCUCUUUUUCUACAAGAUACCAGAAUUUUCCCUUUCACCUACAGAAGUCCUUGCUCCUGCAGUCUCCAAGCAGAAAUGUAGUAACUUUGCCAAAGCGUCACUGGACAAGCUGGAUACACUGGUGCACGUAGCAAAAGAUAACUUGCCCUGAAAGAAGCUGCCCUUCCCCCUCUCUUUCUGUUCUUUUUAUUCCUUCAGCUUUCAUUUUGGCCUCCUGACUCCCGUUACAAAACUGGCUUUUAUCGCUCGCACUUGACUGUAGUGGAUGUUGUACUCCAUGUCAAGGGAAUCAAUUUUUAAACCUUAUGUGAGUUUUACUUGAUCUGUGAUGUGCACUAACCUUGUUAUGGGCAUUUAGUGUGUUUCUUCAAUGGUUAGCUAAUGACACAUUCCAUGAAUAUUAAUACCAAUGGUGUCAGAGCAGCUGAACAGUUUGAUGCUUUAUUUGCCUACUUCAGGUGAGAGAGACUGCUUACUGGAAUGGAUGUUGUUACUCCAGUUUUUGAAAAAGCAUACAGUUUGUAGUGCCUUAACUAUCCCGAUGUUCACAUGAGAAACUAAAUAUUAAGUGUUUAAACAAAAUUCUUGCCAUUAGAUUUUCAUGUUAAACAAAAAGGAUGUAAGCUAUUUUGUUUGCAGUGCAGAUCUGUUAAAAACAUUUAAUAUAUCAUGUUGGUAUUUUCAAAUAAAGUUUUUUUCAUAUAUGUAA